GACCACUUACGUCACACAACUGAAACUGAAAAUGUUUGAGACGUGCUGUUGAGGUCUGUUUGAGACCGCGGUGAAGCAGUUUAAUCAUGAUCUGGUCCAAACUCACACUAUUGAGAGAGAAGAACAUUUGAAACAAGGCCACACCCAGUGAAGUGUGAUGUUGUCAUGUGUCCAGCAGAGGGAGACACAGACCCAUCAGACCUCUGGGUGCAGAGCAGAGACACAUUUCACAUAACUCCACAUCUGGAGAACAGAACUUCUAAAGAGGAGACAUCUCUGUAUGUUCUGUUCAAAUGGACUCUUCUUCUGAUUCCAGCAGCUAUGACAUGGACCCACCUGGACCUGGACCCGGGUCUAAACUCAGAUCUAAACCUGCUCCCAGCUCUGUGUCUGUGAAAAGUGAUGAGUCCAGAAACCUUCCUCCUUUAUUUAGUGAAGCUCGUCCUGAAGAUCAGAGCAGCUACAACAUGGACCCACCUGGACCUGGCCCCGGGUCUAAACUCAGAUCUAAACCUGCUCCCAGCUCUGUGUCUGUGAAAAGUGAUGAGUCCAGAAACCUUCCUCCUUUAUUUAGUGAAGCUCGUCCUGAAGAUCAGAGCUCCUACAACAUGGACCCACCUGGACCUGACCCCGGGUCUAAACCCAGACCUGAACCUGCUCCCAGCUCUGUGUCUCUGAAAAGUGACCACUCCAAAGACUUCCUUCCUAAAUUUAGAGAAGAUCCUCGUGAAGACCAGAGGGAGCCAGGCCCAAAGGAGCAGCUGGACGCCAUAUUCAGGCGUCUGGAGGAGGACGUCAUGACUUUUGUCAAAGAGCAGCUGCAGAGGCUCCACAGGCUCCUGGCCUCAGAUUACCCAGAAUGCUCUGAGAGUGAGGAGGAGGAGCAGAGCAGCAGAGAGGUUCUGAACAUCACCCUGGACUUCCUGAGGAGGAUGGACCAGGAGCAGCUGGCCCAGCGCCUGCAAUACAGAAACCCUGCUGGAGUUUGUAGAGAUGAACUGAAGAGGCAUCUGCAACAGAAGUUUAGUCGAGUGUUUGAGGGCGUGGCUAAAGCAGGAGACUCCGCCCCCCUGACCCAGAUCUACACAGAGCUCUACAUCACAGAGGGCGGAGCCUCAGAGGUCAACCAGGAACAUGAGGUCAGACACGUGGAGACGGCGUCCAGGAGACCGGACCCGCUCGAGACCAUCAUCACAUGUGAGGAGCUCUUUAAACCCCUCCCACAUUCACCAGAGCCAAUCAGAUUAGUGCUGACGAAGGGCGUGGCUGGCGUGGGGAAAACAGUGCUGACUCAGAAGUUCAGUCUGGACUGGGCUGAAGGCCGGGCCCACCAGGACCUCCAGCUGCUGUUCCCGUUCACUUUCAGAGAGCUCAAUGUGCUCAGAGACACACAGUUCAGCCUGGUGGAGCUGCUGCACCACUUCUUCAGUCCAUCCAAACAUCUCUGCAGCUUCCAACAGCUCCAGGUGCUCUUCAUCUUUGACGGUCUGGACGAGUGCAGACUUCCUCUGGACUUCAGCCGAACCCGGGUCCUGACCGACCCCACAGAGUCCACCUCAGUGCCCGUGCUGCUGGUGAACCUCAUCAGGGGGAGCCUGCUUCCCUCCGCUCUCCUCUGGAUAACCACGCGCCCCGCCGCGGCCAAUCAGAUCCCUGCUGAGUGCGUCUCCAUGGUGACAGAGGUGCGAGGGUUUGCUGACCAUCAGAAGGAGGAGUACUUCAGGAAGAGGUUCAGAGACCAGGCCACAGUCGUCAUCUCCCACAUCAAGAGCAUCCGCAGCCUCCACAUCAUGAGCCACAUCCCGAUCUUCUGCUGGAUCCUCUCCACAGUUCUACAGAAACUUCUGGAAAAAACAAAGAGACCAGAGCUACCCCGAACUCUCACACGGAUGUACACCCACUUCCUGGUGGUGCAGGCCAAAGUCCAGAACAUCAAGUAUCACCAGGGAUCAGGGGAGGACCAUCACUGGACUCCAGAGACCAGGGAGAUGGUGAAGUCUCUGGGAAAACUUGCCUUUGAGCAGCUGCAGAAAGGAAACCUGAUUUUCUACGAGAGUGACCUGAGCGAGUGUGGGCUGGACGCUGCAGCGGCCUCAGUGUACUCCGGAGUGUUCACACAGGUCUUUAGAGAGGAGCCAGGCCUGUACCAGGACAAGGUCUACUGCUUCAUCCAUCUGAGUGUGCAGGAGUUUCUGGCUGCUCUUCACGUCCAUCAGAUCUUCUACAGCUCUGGAGAGAACCUGCUGGACACAUCACACUCCUUUAAGAGUCCUAAGUCUGAGGCAGCCUUCUACCGCUCUGCUGUGGACCAGGCCUUACAGAGUCCAAACGGACACCUGGAUCUGUUCCUGCGCUUCCUCCUGGGACUGUCUCUGCCGACCAAUCAGAGGCUGCUGCAGGGUCUGCUGACUCAGAGAGAAGGUGAACAGACCAAUCAGGAGACAGUGAAGUACAUCAGUGAGAAGUUGAAUGAAAAGGGUCUGUCUGCAGAGAGAUGCCUGAACCUGCUCCACUGUCUGAAUGAACUGAACGACCACAGUCUGGUUGAUAAGAUACAGGAGUACAUGAGAAAGGGAGAGCUCCCCUGGUUAAAUUCUCCUGCUCAGUUGUCGGCUCUGUCCUUCCUCUUACUGUCCUCAGACUCAGAUGUGGAGGAGUUUGAUCUGAGGAAAUACCAGGGCUCACACACUGCUCUCCUGGGUCUGCUGCCGGUGGUCAGAGCCUCCACCAAAGUCCUUCUUUGUGGCUGUGGUCUGUCUCCUCACAGCUGUGCUCCUCUGGCCUCAGUCCUCAGCUCCUCCAGUCUCACACAUCUGGAUCUCACUAACAACGACCUCCAGGACUCAGGAGUGGAGCUGCUGUGUUCUGGACUGAAGAGCGCCCCCUGCAGACUGGAGACUCUCAGGCUGUCUGGAUGUCUGGUCUCAGAAAGGGGCGGGGCUGCUCUGGCCUCAGCUCUGAGCUCCGCCUCCUCCCACCUGAGAGAGUUAGACCUCAGCUACAACCAUCCAGGACCCUCAGCAGAGCUCCUGACCGCUCUACGGGACGACCCCCACUGCCCCCUGCAGUCUCUCAGGUUGGAUCCUGCUGGAGAACAGUGGAUGGUCCCAGGUCUGAGGAAGUAUUCCUGUGAGUUUUCUCUGGAUCCAAACACAGCUCACAGAAAGCAUCAAACUGUCUGAGGACCAACGGACGGCGAACUCUCGUGAGAGAGGAGCAGCCGUAUCCAGAUCACGAGGACAGAUUUAUAGACUGGCAUCAGGUCCUGAGCUGCACUGGCCUGAGGGGGCGCUGUUACUGGGAGGUGCAGUGGAGCGGGUGGGCUGAAAUAGCAGUGAGUUACAGAGGAAUCAGACGGAGAGGAGAGAGAGAGAAGUGUAGGUUUGGACGCAACAAACUGUCCUGGGGUCUGAGGAUCUUUAACGGACUUUACUAUUUCUAUCACAACAACGAAGAAGCAACCCUCUCCUCCUCCUCCUCCGGUUCCUCUGGUCGAGUGUCUGCGUUUCUGGACUCUGAGGCUGGAUCUCUGUCCUUCUAUGAGGUCCACUCAGAUGGAGAACUGCUCCACCUCCGCACCUUCAGCUCCUCCAUCACCGAGCCUCUGUUUCCUGGGUUUGGAGUGUGGAAGGAAGAUUCCUCCGUGUCUGUGGUGGAUCUGAGGAGAGCGCCCCCUGGUGGACCUCUGUGACUCUGUUAGUGUUCUUUUGCAUUUUUCUUUGCAGAGGCGAAACUUUCUUCCACCGUUUAUGUUCAGUUUUAUGUGUUGCUGCAUGUCCGUUGUAUGUGAAGUGUGUCAUAGUGGUUUUAUUUAUAUUCAUUUUUAUUUAUUUUAAUGUGACGGUUCAUUUUGAAAAGGGUUAAUGGAGUUCUUCUGCUUCAGUGUCAGUGCCAUAAAAUAUGUUAAUCCGUG